UAAUAAAAUAGACGAAUCAAGUUAUAGUACGUGCAAAACUUUAGUACAUUUGUUCAUGUUUGUUGUCUAUAUGCAAUAACAUUAAUUCAUUGUAUUUUGAAGAUCAUCAUCUUUUUAUCUACGAUAUCUCAUAAUAAGAAGGCCACUCGUACUUGCAUGACUAAGCAUUUUCACCGAAUUCAAAUUGCAAAUGACAACAAUGAUGAUUAAUGCUGAAAAAUAUAAAAAACUUUUGGUCAACAAAUAUUCCAAUGAAAUUCGCGAUUCUGCUUCCAUUGUGGAAGAAGAUUUACGUCCACCAAACAAUGAUGAAAUAUUAAUUAAGAAUUAUUAUUCUGGUGUGAAUGCAACCGAAAUGAAUAUCAUGACUGGUCGAUCAUCGAUCUUCCCAAAAGGUCAUAUCCCAUUUGGUUUAGGUUUAGAGGGAUUGGGUACGAUUGAAGCUAUUGGUAAAGACAUUGAUCCAAAACAAUUUUCUAUUGGUAAAUCUGGAUUAGUUUUUGCAAUGCCACCUAAAACUUAUGCUGAAUAUAUUUACAUCAAGCCUGAAGAAUUUUUCCCGGUUCCCGAAAUCAAACCCGAAUACAUUGCAUUACUGGAUUGUGGUCUCACAGCUGCAAUCGGAUUAGACAAAGCAGGAAUGAUAAAAAAAGAAGAAACGGUUUUAAUUACCGCAGCAGCCGGUGGUUGUGGUCAUAUUGGCGUUCAAUGGGCCAAAAUGAAAGGCUGUAAAGUGAUCGGAUUAUGUUCAACAGUUGAUAAGAAAUCAUUUCUAGAAUCAAUUGGAUGUGAUUAUAUAAUAAAUUACAAACAAGAAAAUUUGGAUGAAGUUUUGGGAGACAAAUUUCCUGACGGAAUCGACGUAAUCUGGGAGACUUAUGGCGGUUCAAUGUUCGAAAUUUUAUUCAAACAUUUAGCCGUUGGUGGAAGAAUUGUUAUUGUGGGCGCUAUUACUGGAUAUAAAACAAUCGGAUUUCCGGAUAUUUCUAUUCAAAAUCUUCCAAUAAAGUUGUUGAACAAAUCGGCAUCGAUAAUUGGAUUUCGUUUUCGACACUAUCAAAGUUUUUUUCAACAAUAUCUUGACGAAUUGAUUGAAUUGUUUCGUACACAAAAGUUGAUUAUACGAAUCGAUAUGAAUGAUAUUAUCGGUGUUCAAUCAUCAAUAAAUGCUAUCGAGCAUCUUCAGGCAGGAAAAAAUGUUGGCAAAGUAAUUGUUCAAAUAAAACAACAAUAGCCGCGAACAUCAAUGCUAUUUUUAUUGCAGGACGAUCGAUUUUGAUGGGAUUCAUUUAUUAUUGUUAUUGUUAUAUUCACAAUUU